AUGAUAACUCAAGUUAUAACAGACGAUGAAGAUGGAACUAAUAACGGUGUACUUGAUUUAAGUAUUAGAAAAAGAUUACCUGUAUUACUUUCUCCACCAUCUUCAACGGUAUCGUCAUCCUCUUCAUCAUCAUCAUCAUCAAUUACUUCACCUAAACGUAUUUUACCUACUGGUAAACGUAUGUUAGAUUCAACUAUUUCAAUUCCAUCAUCAACACCUAAAACUCAACCAACAAAUAAACGUCCAUUACGUUUUCAAUGUAAACAUUGUGAUUAUAAAGCACCAUCAACAUCACUUAUGCAAAAUCAUAUAUAUCGUCAUACAGAUUUAACACCAUAUGCAUGUGCAUAUUGUGGUCAUAAAUCGACAACAAAAUCAACAAUUAUGGUUCAUAUUGAACUUUGUCAUCCAAAUAUGGAAGUUAAAAUACAUGAAAAUCGUGUACGUGAACAAGAUUUUUAUCGAGAUUUAAAUAGUUCAGAAAUAACAGCAAUACAAGAACCACAAAUUAAAAAACAACGUCAAUCAAAUCAAUAUGAUAAUGAAUCCGAACCAAUAAAUGGUGUAGCUAUUUCAUUAAAAACAAUAAUAGAUGAUGGAAAUGAAUAUUCACCAGAAGCAAAUGAUGAAAUUUAUGAAACCGAUCAUUUUCAAUCUAUUCUAUUACCAACAUCAGAUAUUCUAGAUAAUAAUAAUGAACAAACAACACCAACUAAUCAUAUUGAAUUAUCAUCAUCAUCAUCAUUUAACUUUAAAUUUUCACCACCAUCA